AUGGAAGAAAAGCAAAGAUUGUCGCCAAGUCCCGGGCGAGAUGAACAAGGCGUUGGACUGGACCACAACGAGACUAAUGCACAACAAAACGUCGAUGGGGUUGUACAAGUUGCAGACGAGAUCAACUAUGAAGACUCGGAAGUUGGGGUCAACGAAGAAAACGAGCGGGAGGCCGAGGACGAUGAGGAAGCAAACAACGUAGACACGAACAUAAUAUCCGAGUCUGUGGAACAGGAACAUAUUCAUGAUGAAGCCAGAAAAACAACAGGUAGUUCCAGCGAGGUUAAAAAAGAGCCCGGUGCCGAGGGUAUUCCGUUGCCUCAGGAAGGAAGCGCAGAUAUGGAAGAAAACAAGGCCGCAAUGGGCCCCCAGGAGCAAGUUUCCAGUGACUACAUGUUCACCUCGAGACCGCAAAUGGAAAGCACAAUCAGCUUGUCGUCGCUACAGAAGCAAACUCACACGAUUGUUUUACCGUCUUACAGUGCAUGGUUCGACAUGAAGAAGAUCCAUAAAAUCGAGAAGGAGUCGCUUCCAGAGUUCUUCAACGGAAGCAACAAAAACAAAACUCCUCAGAUAUAUGCUCGGUACCGGAACUUUAUGGUAAACACGUACAGACUAAAUCCCAACGAGUACUUGUCCUUCACUGCCGUCAGAAGAAACCUUGUUGGAGAUGCUGGCACAUUGCUCCGACUACACAAAUUCUUAGACAAAUGGGGAAUAAUCAACUACCAAGUGAACCCAGAAACGCGCCCUGUGCCGUUAGAGCCCCCGUACACGGGAGACUUCACAGUUGACUUCGACACUCCACGAGGAUUAUUUCCUUUUGAGAGCUACAAACCUCCUGUGGAGCUUCCUGACAUGUCGAAAGUGAAGGAACUACUGAACUCGAGCAACGACGGCAGCGCAAUAUCAAAUGGAGAACCGAACAAACGGCGGAAAAUUAUAAAACCAGACAUCAACAAAGGCUGGUCUCAGGCGGAUUUGGAGAAGCUGGUUGAAGGAGUCAGGCAGUUUCCUAACGAAUGGCACAAGAUUGCAGAGCAUGUUGGCAACAAGAGUCCAGAGCAAUGUAUUAUACGCUUUUUGCAGUUCCCGAUCGAGGACGAAUUUUUGGAGAAAAACAGAGAACAUCUUGGCCCAUUGAAGUAUGUGCCCAAUUUAUCAUUUUCGCCCAACGAUAACCCUAUAAUGUCGACUUUGGCCUUUUUGACGUCUAUCGUGGACACAGAGGCGGCUGUUGCUGCUGCAGAUCGGGCAAAGAAGGUGAUGGAUGAUAAAUUGACUCAACUGCUCGACGGGUCAGGCCAGAGCGAAGAGACGAAGCAGAUAAAGGAUGAGCCUAAGGAGGACUCAAACGGGGAGCAGGACAGAAUGGAAGUGGAAGACCCUCUCACGGACGUGAAAGAUGCGGCAAACACGUCGUUUGGGCUUGCGGCAGCGCGGUCGCAUGUUUUCGCCAACUACGAGGAGAGAGAGAUGAACAAAGCUAUGACCGCUAUUGUGAACAACGAGUUGAAGCUGGUGGAGCUGAAGCUGAACAAGCUGAGCAAGCUGGACAGGCUAUUUGAGUAUCAGAAGAAACAGCUCUCAAAGAAGAACGACGAGCUGUUCCUGGACCGUCUUUCGUUCUUCAAGACUGCCAACACUGUGUCGUCGAAAUUGAUGCAGGCCAUCGAGCUGUUGCAAGACAAGAGCGACGGCGGAGAGAAAGUGAAGAAGCUAGUGUUGGACGCCAGAGAGCUGAUCAUGAAGCCUCCAAAGAAGAGCCUCAAUGUGCUUGGGUUCGAGUCGAAGGACGAAGAGCGCAGCCUCGGAGAAGAGGAGGUGAAGCCGGUGAGCUACGAGGCUCCUCAAUUGUAUAGAUAUUGGUCAGGAUAA